AAAUUUCCAGGCCGGCCGCCUCAUAUGCCACCAAAAUCCAACCCCUCUAUAUUGCUCAUCUCUUUCAGUCUUUCUCUCUCAAUACUCUAACCCCUUUUUCUAAAUAUUUGAAAAGUUGCUUCCUCUUUUCUUCAAUUUCUUCUACAGGCUGAAAAAAUCUGCAGACUUGAAAGGAGGGUCUCUUUUGCCUAAUUUUGACCUCAACCAGUCCUUUCUUCUGUGAAUGGGAAAAGAAAGAAUAUUAAUCGUGCAUCUUUAAGGAAAAAGAUGAACAGUCCAUUUCCUUGAUUUGUUGCCAGGAUUUUCCGGCAAAAAGAUUUUAUUACAGAAGCUCAAUUAUGGAUCGUUUCCCAAAGAGCAGGUACCACUUAUGGUCUUGUCCCUUUCUUAUUUCUGUCUGAAUUCUAUUUGUUCAUCUUGGAACACACCGGACCCCAUCCCGCCAUACCCAUCAUCUCAUGAUGCGAUUCACUGAGACCUUACUAUCAUCACUCCUUCUCCCCAAAUUUCUCCAUUUACAAGCCUGAAUAUAUCAUGAACAAUCAAGUUUAUAGUGAACGGCCAUGGCUUGGUUUUCCCACAUCCAAAUCUUUGGGGAGUUUCGGCGAUGCCAAUUGCAUGGAACAAUUGUUAGUCCGCUGUGCCAACGCCAUUGAAAACAAUGAUGCAACUCUUGCACAACAAAUUUUGUGGGUUCUAAACAAUAUCGCCCCACCAGAUGGUGACUCAAACCAGCGCCUAACGUGUGGGUUCCUUCGAGCCAUCAUCGCCCGUGCGGCGAAAAGUGGAACCUGUAAAUUGCUCACUGCCAUGGCAAAUGUGCACACCAAUCUAGCCAUGAAUAACCACAAAUUCUCUAUUAUUGAACUUGCUAGUUUUGUGGAUUUAACCCCGUGGCACCGGUUCGGAUACACUGCGGCAAAUGCAGCCAUAAUAGAAGCUGUUGAAGGGUAUUCAGUAGUUCAUAUAGUUGACAUAAGUUUGACACACUGCAUACAAAUUCCAACACUGAUAGACGCCAUAGCCACCCGUUUUGAGGCGGUGCCACUGGUCAAACUCACGGUGGCUGGACACACAGAAGAUUUCCCUCCAAUGCUAGAUCUUUCCUACGAGGAAUUAGGUUCAAAAUUAGUCAGUUUCUCUAGGUCUCGUAAUGUAGUGAUGGAAUUUAGUGUCAUUCCUUCAAGUGCUUCAAAUGGGUUCUCUUCUUUAAUAGAAGAACUAAGGAUGCAGCAUCGUGGAGAAAAUGGGGAGGCAUUAGUCAUAAAUUCACAUAUGAUGCUCCAUUACAUACCAGAUGAAACCCUACCAGUGGUUCAAAACACUAGUUCACCUCAAAUUUCCAUUGAAACUUGUUCGAGUAAUUCUUUCCUUCGAUCAAUGUUCCUCGAGGCAUUACGAAGUUUGGAUCCAACAAUCGUGAUAUUGGUCGAUGAAGAUGCAGAUUUUACAUCAAACAAUCUAGUACACAGAUUAAGGUCAGCCUACAAUUAUCUAUGGAUACCCUUUGACAGUGUGGACACGUUUCUGCCCCAGGGGAGCAAGCAGAGGCAAUGGUAUGAAGCUGAUAUUUGUUGGAAGAUCGAAAAUGUAAUUGCUCACGAAGGGCCUCAGAGAGUUGAAAGGCUUGAACCUAAGAGCAAAUGGGUGCAAAGAAUGAGAAAUGCCAGUUUUCGGGGAAUUUCUUUUAGUGAAGAAGCCAUUACCGAAGUGAAAAGCAUGCUAGAUGAACAUGCAGCAGGUUGGGGACUAAAGAGGGAAGAAGAAGAUGUUGUUCUCACAUGGAAAGGACACAAUGUUGUGUUUGCUACUGCUUGGCUACCUAUUUGAUUAUACCUUAAAAUUAAUGUCAAAUUUAGUUUUACUAAAUUUAGUUUUACUGUAUGUUACUAUAUUUUCUCCUAUGACUUCUCUAGAUGUGCUGCUUAUUGAUCAAGAAUGUUUUCUUUUUCUUGCCUGA